CAGCUAUACACUACUAGUAUCCCAUCAGUAUAUCCAUUCUAGGAUAUAGCCGCCUUCUGAUCCAAGAUGCCAGUGCAAAAGAUUCGACCAAUCCAAGAACCAUGCAAGAAUUGCCGUGACAGACAUCUAAAAUGCAACAAACAGACACCAAAGUGCGGACGAUGUGAUGCGAAAAGUCUAGACUGCUUUGUCGUACCUAAAAGACAGAUCUUUCGGCAAGGGUCAACUGCGCAUUUUUCAGACGGCCAACCCUGGGUGAGCAGUAAGCCUAAACGAGCCCGGCUUCGUGUACACGAUACAGGCAGUUCCGUUGUCAGCAAUGUCCAAUUUGAUCCUUCAAAUGAACGGGAUCGCGGGGCAUCCAACAUCUCUGAUUCUAGUCCCAGUGCACAAGGCCCAUCGAAAUCCCUCGAUCUCUUGGCUUCUACGGCUUUUCAAGAUUGGCGUCUCCAUGCUUUAGCCCUCACAGCGUGUGAAGCCAGUCAAUUAACUCCAGAGAGUUUGAAUCUAGGUUACACCUUAUAUAGAGAAAACUUGCCGCAAAGUUCGGUACCAAACGGGUGCAUCUCGCACCUACCAGAAGUAUCUGGUCCCAGAUUCCCUGUCCAAGUUCUGUCUGUGAUCAGAAGCCCAGAGGAGAUUGAUUGCCAUAAUGGUAGCGAGGGGGGUAGUACCUUUAGUGAACCAGGUCGGCCCGAAUGCAGCCCUACUUCUACUUACAGUGACGCAACUCUCAAACCAUUAGAGAGUGUACAAGAAGCAUGCCUUCUGCGGUAUUUUAUCGAGGAACUCUCCCCCUGGUUUGAUGUCUGUGACGAUGGGAGGCAUUUCCAAGUAGCCGUUCCGUAACGAGUACGGCAUUGCCCACCACUUCGCAAUGCUAUUUACGCUGUUGCAUCACGGCACCUCAGCCGUUUGCCGCAGUACAGGACACCCAGUGGAACGAGCUGUCAUAGACAGGUUCUUCCCGAUUUGUCGACGUCUACAGCUGUCGAAUAUAUGUUAAAGUGCAUACCUGCGCUUAUAGACUUUCAUAAAAUAUGUGACCAGGAAUAUCAAGAGAACAUUAUGGCAGCCGCCGUCAUUUUGCGACAGUACGAAGAGAUUGAAGAGGAGGAGGAAGAGGAGGAGUUUGACAGUA